GAAGUUCGUCAAUUCGUUCGCACUUCAUACACAGGGGUUGGGAGUUCCUAGCAAGGGAGGCACUCCUUAACGUAAGACAUACAACUAUAUACCGUGCUAACAGGCAUGGUGUUAAUCUAGAGCCACUUUCGGUUUGAAAUGUACACUGGAUUAAUUCAUGAGACCACCAAUACUGAAAUUUUGUAGUCUGCUUACUAGUCUGAAUCUAAUAUUGAACAUAUUGACUUAGAAAAAAUAGCAUAUUAGUUUUACUACUGUACGAACACCUACUUUAUAGUUCUUAAGUCACGAGGUCUUUUUUGUUCACCAGAGUUUUAUCGCAUGUCGCCAUGUUUGUGUCGAAAACAAGAAUGAGCGCCUCGACUCUUCUUUAAUUUAGUAAGCGCCCCCGCUCUAGUGAGCGCCUUAUUGUAAUUAUGAGCUACCAAAGGCAAAUUAGUCCCCAGGGCGCUAAAUAGAAUCGUUCAAGUAUGCUUAUGUAAAUGUAAGUAAUCUACAUCAAGCUAGAAAGUAUAAUCUCAAAAUCGAGUUUCAUGACCGUGACGGUGUUUGGAUACCUGAUCUUAAUUAGCAAAGAGUUUUACCAUUUUAUUCCUCCGUUUUCUCCCUAGGUUUAGUUUGACCACAUUUUCAAACACCUCGAAGUUCAUCAAAAAUACUCCGCUACGCACGCAUGGUAUUUUCAACUCUAUUCUCGGUGUUUGGAAAUAUGGUCAAACACAGUCUUUCGUGUUUGAUAUAUUACUUAAGAAUCGGACUAGCCAUAAAACUAUGACCACCUCACAAUAACCUGGCUUGCCAAUCAUACACUACUUACAAUAUAACGCAGUUCCUUUUUUUCAUUUCCCUAAUUUAUUUUAUUAAUAAACGUUAUGGGUUGAGAUCGAUUGGGACCCGAUAGCAUUUUCAUCGGUGGCAACCGAAAAACGUGUAGCUUUCGAAAACUCUUCUUAGUUAGUAACUAUGCGAAGAAGAGAAUGUCAUUUUUUGUUGGGUCCAGCACUUAGUGUUAGAGCACAUUACAAGUCUCGUUUCACCAGGUUUUUUUCAUAACUGUUGUGCUUUUUAAGGUACAUGUUCGAAACUGGAAGAAUUGGUGGCCACAUCUGUCAUGUGUAAAGAGAAACAUCACGAGAAUGAGCCCCUCAAUUAUUAUUGUCAGAACUGCAAAGUUUGCAUUUGCGACAAGUGUGGACAAACGCGUCAUGCAAAUCACACCAAGGUGGGUAUCAAGCAAGCCGCAGAGGAACAAAAACUAAUGAUGGCGGAGCUUGUGCAGGAAAUGAAACGAAGGAUUGCUGAGCACACGACACAAAUGGAGGAAACAACAGAAUUGUUGAGGAAAAACAGAGAAAAAAUUGCUUCCGCUCGUAACAAAGUAUCAACCACUGUCGAAGAACACAUUCGAGUUUUAAAGGAGCACGAGAUCGCCAUGGUGACCAAGUUGGAUGUUAUUGAAAAAGAACAACAAAGAGAUCACGCAACACAGUUAGAACACUUUCAGAUAUCUGCCACGCAACUGAAAAUGUCUAUGGAACAUUGCGAAAGAAUUUUACAAGGAAACAGCAGCGUUGAAAUUCUUGAAGCGCAGCAGGGUGUCAUGGAAAGGUGUAAAGGUCUCCUAAAUGCAAGAAAAAUGAACAUUUAUCAACCAUCGCAUGUUCAGUACAAGGCAAAUGAAGAGGAUAUCCAGAAUGUUAGACACGUGUUUCUGGGUGAAGUUAUUGUUAGUACAACUGAUCCUCUUCAAUCAGUGGCGGAAGGGGAAGGCUUAAAAGAGGCAGAAGCUGGAAGAGAAGCUAGCCUGACAGUCACAACAAAGAAUGCAGAGGGACAACAGUGUUAUAAUGAAAUCGAUCAGAUUGUUGUAAAAGUUCACAGUCCGUCAGAACAGGACCUCGACACCGACAUUAAUGACAGCAAAGAUGGUAAAUAUAGCAUCACCUACACACCCGAUUGUGAUGGACAUCAUGACGUGGUGAUUGAAGUAAAUAGUCAACCGCUGACUGGUUGCCUAGGAAGUAUUCACGUGAAGCCGCAUCAAUACGAUGCCGUAGGGUCUUUUGGAUCACGUGGUACAGCACAAGGAAAAUUUGGUUACCCCUGCGAUAUUGCAAUAAAUGACAAAACAGGGAAAAUUGCAGUAGCUGAUUCUUCUAAUGAAAGAGUACAACUCUUUAGUUCAGAUGGAACCUAUUUAAGAGAGUGUAGUCAGAAGGGACCUGCUGCUAAGAAACUUAAAUACCCUACUUCAGUAGCAUUCAACAGGUCUGGCGACGUCAUCAUCUGCGAUUUUUGUAUCUUGUGGUUCAAUGAAAGCGGCCAGUUUAUUAAAAGCAUCUUCAACAAACAAUUGAUCAAACCAGGAAAGAUGACCAUUGCUUGUGAUGACCGCAUGCUGGUGUGUGACCGAGGUGACAACACGGUCAAAGUCCUCUCCCCUGACGGUACAGAGUUAUUACAGUCCUUCAGGGCUCCGGAUUGUGAUGCGUACCCAUGUGUAGCUUUACGUCAUCAAGACAUGUUCUAUGUCUCCUAUGGCUCAGCUCACUGCGUGAAGGUAUUUAAUAAUGAAGGAGAAUUUCUAUAUGACAUUGGUACAGAAGUGUCCAGUGGGCUUCGAUGUCCUGUGGGACUCGCCGUUGACAAGUUUAACAACUUGAUAAUCUGUGACAGUGCAAACGGCAAUGUCCUAGUUUUUACACUGGAAGGAGAAUUUCUACACUGGAUCAAAGGAAAACCAACCGAACUUAAGCAACCUUGGGCUGUUGCUGUAUCGUCAAACGGUGGACAAUUGUUCAUUACUGAUAUGGUCAAACACUGUGUGCAUGUUUUUGAGUAAACAACUGUUUGAGCCUUUUCGAUUUAUUAUAUGUAUGGAAACUUGGAGUAGUUUUGUAUUGGUUUUGGGGUGCGGCUUUUCAAAAGCUCGGUCAAGAAACAUUCUUCGGCCGAAUUUUCUAUUUACAGACUACACGAUAAUAACACAUAUUACCAAUAGUUGAAUUUCUCUAAAAGGUUAAGUUUACUGGUAUAGCGAUAUAGUGGUAUAUUUCUUUUUAAAUACGGUUGAUUGUCACGAAGUGUAGUCAGAAAUAGUCGUGCGUUUUUGUCAUGAGCCCCUGGUUCGGGGGAUUGGGCAACCACUCCCUACCUAAUGCAAACUUGCACAGAAAUCCUAAAAACAACAAUGAAUGUUUCGUGCGUAGGACCACAAUUCACUUCAAAAUAGUUGGUAAUUACUUUGAAAGGUAUGUGGAGCUCUUCAUUACUACGAUCGAUUAGCUACGCUGAGAAAUUGUAAAAGAGAACCCAGUCCCUUAAUUAGUUACUGUUUAACAGAUCAUUGCUUACUGUCAUAAAAGGCAAAUUAAUUCAUUAGUUGCUAACGAAUUCACUUCACUUGACUGAUGUCAAUAUAUUCACUUGUGUUGAGUUAGGCAGGGGUAAUAAACGGUAGAAGUUUCCAUUUAUUUCCACACCUUGACAAUCUCUUGUUUUUUCUUACUGUCACAAGGGAGAGGUUUGCAGGUUUUUAACCCUUUAUAUCGAAAAAAUACCCUGUACCAGAAUUACACUCCUAUAGUCAGAUUCCGCACUAUUCAAAAACAUGCAGUUCUAUUUUUAAUACUAAUUUUCUCAAUUUUGCCAGAAAGAACUCGGCUACUUUAACAGCUAUUGGAGUUCUGAAUGGGUGCGAGGAACCAAAGAACCUUAUCAGGACAACUUAGGGGUGGACCAUUUGAUUUUUGAAGGGGGUGGGUUAUUAAGAAAAACAAAAUAUAUAUCCUGCAAGCUUACUUGUACCAAAAAAAACUCAUGCACGUAACCGCUACCAAAAGAGCAUUCAAAAUGGCUUGAAAAAUGGAUCUCGUCUGUAAACAGGGGCAAUUUUGAUGACACUAAACUGAGUUUUUAAAGCGCAGGUCACAUGUCAUUAUUUAUUUAUCGAGCUAGUAACAUAAACAAGACGAGUCCAAUGAUUGUUAACAUUGUUGAAAACCAAAUUUUGGUUUAUUACAAU